AUGCUGUGUGAACUUGUGACUAAUUACUUGGAGAAUGAGUUGAAAAAUAACAAGACAGUUGAAGAAAUGAAAGCUCUCGUGAAGAAACUUUGCAAGUUUAUUCCCUCGUAUAAGAUGCAGUGUGAAGAUCUAGUGGACUCCUGGACUGCUGACAUUCUCAAAUGGCUCGUCGACGGAUUACCUCCACACGAAAUCUGCGCGUGCGAAGCCAUCAAGACUCUGUCACUACCCAGGGCUUCGAAAUUCGAACAACUGAACGCGAUCUGCUCGGAGGCCAAGCUCUGUGACGGUGACACUCCCUUUGUCGCUCCGAUGAAUACCCUCCGACUUCGUCGACCAAUGCUGGGCGGUAACCCCUGUACUUGGGGUCCCUCCGUAGCC